AAAAAAAAGCGCAAGUUUAAAGGAAGAAACGAUUACUUAAAUUGGCAAGGGAAAAAAAAAAAAAGACGACCACGUGAGACUACCUAAGCCAAUGGUGAAUCCUAGUCCAGCAAGUUUUUGGACGCAAGCCAAUGCGUUACUUAGGAAGAACUUAACCUACCAGAGGAAACACAUAUGGACGAAUGUUCGGCUCAUCCUGGUUCCACUCUUCCUCUGUUUAAUUCUGCUGGCGAUUCAAAAAGUGCUUGAUGCCUUGAUGAAGAGUGUCUCUGAUAUGUCUAAUUGUGGAGGCAACGUUACUUUGCCUGGUGGUAUCUGUCCCAUCCCAAACCCUCCACCGUUGCCUCCGAUGUUGCAGAUUCCACAACAUGAACUCCGUUCCGUUAAGACCGAUUUCUUUUCCUACAAAGAUCUCCCUGACAAGUCAUGCAGAGGAACAGGAUCUUGUCCUGUAACGAUACUUAUCACUGGUGAUAAACUGGCUCUUGGAAAAGCUUUAUCCGCAAAUAUCUUCAGCACUUCUUUUGUGGUUAAUUCCUCCGACCUCUUGCCUACUUUAGCCAAUAACGUCUUGGGUUCAACAGAAGCAGCGGGGGAAGACAAUUAUGAAGACCCGGGGAUUGCCUCAGAUCUCCCUGUUUACAGUAUCCAACCUUCUUGCAGUGCAAACUCUACAUGGCCACUCUCGCUCGGACAAAUUCAGACAGCGGUGAAGUGUGUUCAAGGGUUGUGUCUCUGGAGAAAUAACUCUGUAGAGGUCAAUGAUGAGCUUUUCAAGGGUAGUUGGAGGGGAAACCCUGCGGGGAUGACAAAUGAGAUCGUUGCAGCAUACGAUCUCAUGAGCACCGAUAGGAAAAACUUCAAUGUGACCAUAUGGUAUAACUCAACCUACAAUGAUGAGUUUUCAACUGGUCAGCCUUUAAAGCUGGUCCGAGUUCCCCGCUCUAUCAAUCUGAUAUCAAAUGCUUAUCUUAAGUUUCUAAAAGGCAUUGGGACAAGGAUAUUAUUUGAGUUUCUCAAAGAAGUUCCUAAAAAAGAAACGAAAAUGAAUCAAGACAUUGCGUCCUUGCUAGGCCCACUUUUCUUCACUUGGGUUGUUCUUCUUUUGUUCCCCGUGAUCUUGACAUCAUUGGUGUAUGAGAAGCAAGAACGUCUAAGAAUUAUAAUGAAAAUGCACGGGCUAGGCGAUGGACUCAAGUACUUCCGGCUCAAUGACUACAGCAUCCAGUUCGUUUUCUAUUUUAUCUACUUAAAUCUACAAAUCUCCCUCGCCUUUCUAGUCUCUUCGAUAUUCUCAAAGGUUAAGACUGUAACAGUCGUUGCUUACAUAUUGGUGUACGGAACUGGGCUCUUGGGUAGCUUUCUUUUCCAAAAAAUGAUUGAAAAUCAGUCAUUCCCGGAAGAAUGGAUUCUUGCCAUGGAGUUGUAUCCCGGCUUUUCUCUAUACCGUGGGUUGUAUGAGUUCUCGCAAUAUGCCUCCCGGGGAAACGGGAUGAAGUGGCAAGAUCUCAGUGAUAGCGGAAUGGGUGAAGUUUUCUGUAUCAUGUCAGUAGAGUGGUUUCUUGCUCUCAUUGUAGCCUACUAUAUCGAUCAGGUUUUCACAUCCGGAAAGCAUCCUUUCUUUUUCUUGGUGAACCCUUUCAAGAAACCUUCUUCCCUACCAAGGAGGCCUACUGUGCAAAGGGUGGAUUCUAAAAAAGUCUCCAUAGAUAUAGAAAAACUUGAUGUCACUGAGGAGAGGGAAAAGGUUCAAAAAUUGAGGAAUGAAGGUAGCACAGGGCAUGCGAUCUUGUGUGACAACCUGAAAAAGGUUUAUCCAGGUAGAGAUGGUAACCCGCCAAAAAUGGCAGUACGAGGGUUGUAUCUCAGCGUUCCUUCAGGAGAAUGCUUCGGCAUGCUUGGACCUAAUGGUGCCGGCAAAACUUCCUUCAUCAGUAUGAUGACAGGGCUCCUCAAACCGUCAUCUGGAACAGCCUUGGUUCAGGGUUUGGACAUAUGCAAGGAUAUGAACAAAGUAUACACAAGCAUGGGCGUAUGCCCGCAGCAUGACUUGCUUUGGGAGACGCUAACAGGAAGGGAACAUCUUCUCUUUUACGGUCGACUUAAAAAUAUCAAGGGCUCCGAUCUAACACAAGCUGUUGUAGAAUCUCUCAAAAGUGUCAGCCUAUUCGAUGGAGGAGUUGGCGACAAACCUGCUGGUAAUUACAGUGGAGGUAUGAAAAGGAGGCUUAGCGUGGCCAUAUCGCUUAUCGGGAACCCCAAGGUGGUUUAUUUAGAUGAGCCAAGCACAGGACUUGAUCCAGCCUCGAGGAAGAAUUUAUGGAAUGUGAUCAAGCGUGCAAAACAAAACACAGCAAUAAUUCUCACAACUCACUCGAUGGAAGAAGCCGAAUUUCUAUGCGAUAGAUUGGGAAUUUUUGUAGACGGAGGCUUGCAAUGCAUAGGAAACUCUAAGGAACUGAAGAGCAGAUACGGUGGAUCAUAUGUCUUCACGAUGACAACAUCUUCAAAACAUGAGGAAGAGGUAGAGAGAUUGGUUGAAUCUAUCUCUCCCAACGCCAAGAAGAUAUAUCACCUUGCUGGUACUCAGAAAUUCGAGCUCCCAAAGCAAGAGGUUCGGAUUGCUGAGGUGUUUCGCGCUGUUGAAAAGGCCAAAUCAUCCUUCACAGUCUUUGCCUGGGGACUCGCGGACACAACUCUCGAAGAUGUCUUCAUCAAAGUCGCUAGAACUGCUCAAGCCUUCAUUUCCUUGUCUUAAAAGCUAUUUUUACAGUUAUAGGUUUCUCUUUCUUGGGUCAAAAUUCUAUGUCUUGAGACACACGCAAACUUACCACCAUCUUGUUAAUAGUUCUUUAGUGUCGAGGUAGAGUUGCGAUAGCAGAGAUUUCUGCGAAGGUUUGUGGCAUAUGCUUUAGAGCAAACACAUCAUGUUAAAUUACGGGACACUUUAUGUU